AAGAAGGUGUCAAGGCUUCGCAUCCCCGUGGAAUCGUUUCCUGGCUUCAACUUCAUUGGGAGAAUUCUUGGACCUAGGGGAGCCACGUUGAAGAAUCUCGAGGCAGAAAGCGGCUGCAGGCUGUACAUCCGAGGGAGAGGCUCCUUGAGG